UAUUGUCAGAUUGGUAAAUGUUGAGCAUAAAAAUUCAAAUUAUAGAUAUUUCCAAAUUUAUUUACACAUUUGUGUCUCGUACUGUAUUUAUGUAAUUUAAACUAAUAAAAAAUUUGAUGCUGAAAAUAAAAAAAUUUGUUUUAAAUCAAAUAAUAAUUAUUACCGUCUUUUAAAAAUCUCAAUUUGAAAUCGCACAUCAACCGAAUAUGAUCGAAUUAUUGUCAUUACCGCGAAGAGCGAAUCAAAAUAUCUCUAUCCCAAAUAUAAAAAUUCAUUCAGGUCUACCGAUCAACAGUCUACCAGGCUGGGAGCAUAUUCCACUGAAUUCGAAAUUGCCAAUGUUAAAAUGCCCAGGAAAUCAAGUAAUAUUUUCGAAAAAUAAAAUUGGACAAUCGUUAAGACAUUUAAAACAUGAAUUUGAUUCUUCUGGACACGACAAUUUUCCUGAAUAUAAUCAUUUGCAUGAUUCGAAUUUGAAAACAUUCUAUGCCAAUGAAAGAAACUUAAAGCGAUUGCGGAAAAAUGGCGAAAUAACACUGGAUAAUGACGUUAUAUGUAAUUUAAAGGACUUCAAUGAAUAUCGCCAGCAGCUGCAUAAAUCACAAUUGUAUUAUAUACUGCAAGAAAUGAAUCGUUUGGAAGCCGAACAACAUGAUCGCCAAUUAAUAGCUAAUGCUGAGUGCAUAACCAAUCGAGAUCAUCAGAAUCUAUCAGCCCGAGAGCACACUUUUUCGGAGAUUAUACAUCGAAAGUCUUACUUGGACCAACAACGAGCGGAACGCUAUAAAAGAUUAUACGAGAUAACUUUAGAGAAAUUUGCUUACAUACAAAUUAUUCAAACAAUUAACCAGACUGCCAUACAACAUAAGAAAGCCCUACGCCAAUUAAGAUUUCAAAAACAUUCCGAUGUACGGAAUGAUUUGCAGCGCAAACAACUGAUUUCUCUAAAAAAACUUUUUCAAUUUAAAAAAGAACGUUUGCAAAAAAAUCUUUGCAGACUCCGCGAAACUCGACUGCAACGAGAGCAAGACAAACAAACAAAAUCCUGGAAUAAACGCUUAGCAGAAAGAAUUGCCAAUCAGGAGAAGGUGGAAAGAUUACUAGGCCAAGCACAACAGAAAAAGAACUUUUUUAUUCAAAAUCAUAAGCAGAAAUAUCAACAGAAGUGGUCAAAAAUCCAGCAACAAAUUAAAAUGAGAGCUUUAAAGAAUCACAAGAAAAUCAAUAAUUUUCUAAACAAAAGAGAAGAAAACGAAAAGAAAAAUGAGCCGCCAAAAACACCCUUCACUUAUAGUUCCCUGUUUUCUGAAUUUCAGGGAAGUUUCGAAAACCUCUUAGAUAGUGAAGUUUGUAAAGCUUUAAACGCCGCUUUGGAUAUGGAGGAUAACAUCAAAGUACCAUUUGAACCCGAUGAUCCGAUCUACAAAGCAGCACAAUUUAUAAUGCAACAUAUUUUAACAAAAUUCCAUAAAGACUUGUCCACGGACAAAAUGGCUUACAAAAGUGUGCAUGAACGUAUGGAUCAAUUUUUUGAUGAGGCAAAAAAAUUUGUUAUAUUUAGAGCUACUCAAAUUAUAGCUUCAUUUAAAGACCCUUCAAAACAUUUGGGUAGUCAAGCAUUUAGGCGGGGUUCUGUUGGUAGAGUAUCUUUUAGCAAAAUACCUAGUACUAUUGGCAUGUCAAGUUAUCAAAUACACCCUCUUAUUGAAGUUAGAGAAGUUUCAAUCCGGAAGCCGACACCAGCGGGCUCCCUCACAUCUAUAGUUGUCGAUUCCACCACUAGCUUAGUCCAAAAAACCAACUGCAGCAAUUUGUGUCGCAACGAACUAGUCUUUAUCGAACAUUAUGUUACAAAAUUCAAACGAGGACUUAUUGUGGGAAUCGGAAGACGAGUAUUUGCCGCCAUACAAUGUCAUUUUGAACACAAAAUCAUGGAUGUUAGACAGGAGUUGUUGGAUAUCGAUCGUAAAUUUCUGCUUAAUCAAGUCACCAAAUCUAUACUUAGUUACGCGGUGAACUCAUACAAUUUCGAUGCGAUUCUUCAGCUGUGCAUUAGUGCCUUGGCCAGUGAUAUUAUUUGGAAUCUCCAAAAACAAUUAUUGAAACCUGCACAUGAUCGAAGACGUGUUGCAAAGACUUGUAUUAAAUGUAGUUGCAGACAGAAUACCAUCCAUUUGUGCUUGUUUUGUAAUCCAAGAAAAUAAACAAAAUUAUUUAUAUACAUAUAUUUUUUAAAACCCAAUAA